GGAAAAUGUGCGCGAGAGCUGCUGCUGCCUCAGAAAACAACCCCGAAAAGCGAGCAAUCGACGAGUAAAUACCAACAAAACUUACACUGCGCGGCUGAUUAAUAAGAACUAAAAAAGCGCAAUAAAACCGAUUUAAACGAUGCCCCAAAAAACGGUGGAGUUGAAUGAAAAAUAUAAAAAACGUUAUAAAGAAAGUGUGUGAGAACAUCAUCGUGAAAUCAAACUCCGAAUCAGAAUUUGGAUUGUAAAUUUUCGGGGCUCGCCGCCAUCGAAUGGCAGAUAAACACACAAAGAGAGAUAAAUACAGAAAUAAAAUUAAUGGAAAACCAGCAUAGACACAUACAGUGGAAGCUCGGUGAAGUGAACCAUCUGUCAAAGGAGUCUUUGUGAAAUAGGGGACGUGGGUAAUUUUUAAGAAUCGUAGGAACCACAAACGCUACAAUGAUCGCCGCUCCAUUGAACCAUCUGAAUAAUCAGCUGUAGAGUCACCGCCAGCACCUCCUCCUAUGCAUACCGAUCUUCAUAGCAUCGCCAUCGCCUGGAGCACGACUAGCACAACUACUACUAUUAACCCUUGUCCGAGCAGCCGGGGGAGCAGGAUGCUGCUUCUGCCGCUGCUCCUCGGCCUCCUGGUGGCGCUGCCAGCAGUUAGAGGCCAGUACCAAUCGCCGCGCAUCAUCGAGCAUCCCACGGAUCUGGUGGUCAAGAAAAAUGAGCCAGCCACACUUAACUGCAAAGUGGAGGGCAAGCCGGAGCCCACUAUCGAGUGGUUUAAGGAUGGCGAACCCGUCAGCACCAACGAGAAGAAGUCACAUCGUGUCCAGUUCAAGGACGGUGCACUCUUCUUCUACCGGACGAUGCAGGGCAAGAAGGAGCAGGACGGCGGCGAGUACUGGUGCGUGGCCAAGAACCGAGUGGGCCAGGCCGUUAGCCGUCAUGCCUCGCUCCAGAUAGCUGUUUUGCGCGACGAUUUUCGCGUGGAGCCCAAAGACACGCGAGUGGCCAAAGGCGAGACGGCUCUGCUGGAGUGUGGGCCGCCCAAAGGCAUUCCAGAGCCAACGCUCAUUUGGAUGAAGGAUGGCGUUCCCUUGGACGACCUGAAAGCCAUGUCGUUUGGCGCCAGCUCGCGCGUGCGUAUCGUGGAUGGGGGUAACCUGCUGAUCAGCAAUGUGGAGCCCAUUGACGAGGGCAACUACAAGUGCAUUGCCCAGAAUUUGGUGGGGACACGCGAAUCCAGCUACGCCAAGCUAAUUGUCCAGGUCAAGCCCUACUUUAUGAAGGAGCCCAAGGACCAGGUGAUGCUCUAUGGCCAGACAGCCACUUUCCACUGUUCCGUGGGCGGUGAUCCGCCUCCGAAGGUGCUGUGGAAGAAGGAGGAGGGCAAUAUUCCAGUGUCGCGAGCUCGAAUCCUACACGACGAGAAGAGUUUGGAGCUCUCAAAUAUCACGCCCAGCGAUGAGGGCACCUACGUCUGCGAAGCUCACAAUAAUGUGGGACAGAUCAGUGCCAGAGCUUCGCUCACAGUUCAUGCUCCACCCAACUUCACCAAGCGACCCAGCAACAGGAAAGUGGGACUCAAUGGCGUUGUCCAGCUGCCUUGCAUGGCAGCCGGAAAUCCACCGCCCUCGGUUUUCUGGACCAAGGAAGGUGUGUCCACACUAAUGUUUCCCAAUAGCUCCCAUGGCAGGCAGCAUGUGGCAGCGGAUGGAACCCUACAGAUCACAGAUGUACGGCAGGAGGACGAGGGCUUUUAUGUCUGCUCUGCGUUCAGUGUGGUUGAUUCCUCCACUGUAAGGGUAUUCCUGCAAGUCAGCUCGGUGGACGAGCGACCGCCGCCCAUUAUUCAAAUUGGACCUGCCAAUCAGACACUGCCCAAGGGAUCGGUGGCCACGCUGCCCUGCCGAGCCACUGGGAACCCUAGUCCCCGCAUCAAGUGGUUCCAGAAUGGACUUGCCGUGCAAACGGGCAAUCGUCACAGUGUCAUCCAAGGCAGCUCAUUGCGGAUUGAUGAUCUCCAAGUGAGUGAUUCUGGAUCCUACACCUGCACGGCUUCCUCGGAACGUGGAGAGACUUCUUGGGUGGCUACCUUAACGGUGGACAAAUCCGGCUCAAAUACCCUGCACCGUGUCGCUGAUCCCAGCACAUAUCCUGCUCCGCCAGGCACACCCAAAGUCCUGAAUGUCACUCGCUCUAGCAUCAGCCUACGUUGGGCCAAAAGUCAAGAAAAGCCUGGCGCUGUGGGACCCAUUAUCGGCUACACUGUGGAGUACUUCAGUCCGGAUCUGCAAACUGGUUGGAUUGUAGCCGCGCAUCGUGUGGGCGACACUCAAGUCACUAUCUCUGAUCUCAGCCCGGGCACUUCGUAUGUCUUUCUUGUGAGAGCCGAGAAUUCGCAAGGGGUAUCCGUGCCCUCGGGCUUAUCGAAUGCCAUUAAAACUAUUGAUGAGGACUUUGAUGCAGCCUCGGCAAAUGAUUUGUCAGCCGCAAGAACUUUGCUAACUGGAAAGUCCGUGGAGUUGAUAGAUGCCUCGGCCAUUAAUGCCAGCGCUGUUCGUCUGGAUUGGAUGCUGCAUGUGAGCGCUGAUGAGAAAUAUGUGGAGGGCAUUCGUAUACAUUACAAGGAUGUGAGUUCAGAAGCAGCCCAAUAUCACUCGAUCACUGUUUUGGAUACCUCGGCUGAAUCGUUUGUGGUGGGCAAUCUCAAGAAGUACACCAAAUAUGAGUUCUUCCUCACGCCCUUCUUUGAGACCAUCGAAGGACAGCCCAGCAACUCCAAGGUGGCGCUGACCUAUGAAGAUGUACCCUCUGCCCCGCCGGAUAACAUACAGAUUGGCAUGUACAACCAAACCGCUGGCUGGGUGCGCUGGACAGCACCACCCGCCCAGCACCACAAUGGCAAUUUGUAUGGCUAUAAGAUCGAGGUCAGUGCCGGCAACACCAUGAAGGUUUUAGCCAACAUGACGUUAAAUGCCACAACAACCUCGGUGCUUCUAAAUAACCUAACCACCGGAGCCGUGUACAGUGUGCGACUGAAUUCCUUUACCAAAGCUGGUGAUGGACCCUACUCCAAGCCGAUCUCACUUUAUAUGGAUCCCACCCAUCAUGUGCAUCCACCCCGUGCCCAUCCCAGUGGCACACACGAUGGCCGACAUGAGGGUCAGGAUAUGACUUAUCACAGCAAUGGAAAUAUACCCACCGGCAGCAGUAAUCCCACCACGCACAAGAAAGCCACUGAUUACCUCUCCGGCCCUUGGCUAAUGGUGCUGGUGUGCAUCUUACUCCUGGUCUUGGUCAUUUCGGCAGCCAUAUCCAUGGUUUACUUCAAGAGGAAGCAUCAAAUGACCAAGCAACUGGGUCAUAUGAGUGUGGUCAGCGACAACGAGAUCACUGCCUUAAAUCUCAACAGCAAGGAGAGCCUUUGGAUUGACCAUACCCGUGGCUGGAGAACCGCAGAUACGGACAAGGAUUCGGGGCUGAGCGAAUCUAAGCUUCUUUCCCACGUUAACAGCAGCCAGUCGAACUACAACAACUCUGAUGGCGGUACUGACUAUGCUGAAGUGGAUACCCGCAAUCUGACCACAUUUUACAACUGCCGCAAGAGCCCUGACAAUCCCACACCGUAUGCCACCACCAUGAUUAUUGGAACCUCCUCGAGUGAAACAUGCACUAAGGCAACUUCCUUGAGUGCCGACAAGGAUUCAGGCACACAUUCACCCUACUCGGACGCCUUUGCGGGCCAACCACCGGUGGCUCCGGUUGUGAAAUCCAACUAUUUGCAGUAUCCUCCAGAGCCCAUCAAUUGGUCAGAGUUCCUGCCGCCACCACCAGAACAUCCACCGCCGUCUUCCACCUAUGGGUAUGCCCAAGGAUCACCGGAAUCAUCGCGGAAGAGUUCCAAGAGCGCAGGCUCCGGUAUAUCCACUAACCAAAGCAUCCUUAACGCCUCGAUACAUAGCAGCUCCUCUGGCGGCUUUUCCGCCUGGGGCGUCUCCCCGCAAUAUGCCGUUGCCUGUCCCCCGGAGAAUGUGUACAGCAAUCCACUGUCAGCUGUGGCUGGCGGCACACAGAAUCGCUACCAGAUUACGCCCACCAGCCAGCAUCCACCUCAGCUGCCGGCCUACUUUGCCACCACAACUCCGGGCGGAGGAAUACCCCCGAAUCACCUGCCAUUUGCCACCCAGCGACAUGCCACCAGUGAGUAUCAGGCGGGAUUGAAUGCAGCACGAUGUGCCCAGAAUAGGGCCUGCAACAGCUGUGACGCCUUGGCCACGCCCUCGCCCAUGCAGCCCCCACCGCCAGUUCCCGUUCCCGUGCCGGAGGGCUGGUACCAGCCAGUGCAUCCCAACAGUCACCAGAUGCACCCCACCAGCUCCAGUCAUCAGAUCUAUCAGUGCUCAUCCGAGUGCUCUGAUCACUCGAGGACCUCACACGGUCACAAGCGGCAGCAGCAGCAGCUGGAGGAGCAUGGGAGCAGCAGCAAGCGGAGUGGACACCAUCGCCGCCAGCCGGCGGUGCAGCCGUGCUUGGAGAGCGAAAAUGAGAACAUGCUGGCGGAGUACGAGCAGCGUCACUACACCAGCGACUGUUGCAAUAGUUCCCGCGAAGGCGACACCUGCUCCUGCAGCGAAGGAUCCUGUCUGUACGCCGAGGCGGGGGAGCCGGCGCCACGUCAAAUGACUGCUAAGAACACCUAAGGAGGUGGAUUAGUCUUAAAGGUAGCAUCUAGUCUAAACUCUUCAUUCAUAUCGAACUAGAAACCAGUCGCGUAGUCAAAGUUUCUGCCACAACUAAUGGAUAUGAGAUCGAAUACGUACGAACAAGGCCCUGGAAUGCCACCACAACAUAUUUCUCCAGGUCAUCCCACUAUUCUAAGUACUAUAACUCGUUUUGAUCAAGGAAGGAUUCAUAAUGGAGAAAUGGGUUGUUGGGGAAUCCAGGGUGCUGACCACCAAACAUACUUGUCACAAUCAUGGGGGCAUUGUGCAGCUUUAGCAAUUACGAAUUUUCCAUUAUCACAUCAUCAUCAUCAUCUACUAGCGUAGACACUCAUAUAGACAGGCACAAUGCUCCCCCAUCAUCCCAUGUGCACUACAGAAAUGUUCCGCCAGCGGAAACCUUUGUACUUAAGAGAGACGCGUGAGCUGUACGAUAUAGAUAUUGCUUCGAGUGGGAGAAAGAGAGACGGUAAUCACUAGAUGACGGCAGGGAUCUGGGUGUCCCAGCAGAACUUCAUAAAAAUACGUACUCAAAAGGAACUUAUAGAGAGAAGACAGGAGAAGGAUAAACCAGAUCAGGCCAUAGCAAGUACACCACUUACGUAUGUAGUUAGAACCAGCAUGUUUUGGGGCUCUCGAAUUGGUCCUAGUCAUAGGCUUGAUAGCGAUACAAUACCGAUAACUGAUUACGAUAUAUAGUAAUUGUAUGCAAAAACAAAACCCUUUCAUAUCUACGAUCACAAUCGAGCGAGCACUUGUCUCCCAUUCAGAGUCGAGUUGCGGAGACGAGUGAAACGGCAGUUGCAAUGUUUAAUGGUUAGUGCUUUUCUAUAAACAAGGAAUAAUAUACUUCAUUGACCCAGUGAAUAUAUAUAGUAUAUAUAUUACAAAAACUAAACUACACACACAACAACUACUUACAUAGCAUUUAGACGAGUUGAGGAGCCAGUCGCACUUGGGGCCGACAUAACCGUUCCGUUGUCCAAGGCCCCAGUGCAGAUCUUCCUCCAUCAUGACACACACAAUGUUUUCUACAAUCUUGCAUUUUGAAAAAAGUCUAAAAUGUACCUGUGAUAUAACCCCCAUUUAUACAUUAUAGUAUUUUAAUAAUUUUUUAUGUAUUUAUGGUUUCUUGAUUUUGAGUAGCGUCAAGUCAAGUUGAAGUUUUUCGUUCAUUCUGUUUCGAACAACGAGGAAUGUCUGUUGUUUGUUGGGAAACCGCCACGCAACCAGAGAAGCGAAUAUAGCAUAAUUUAGAACUUAGGCACGUAACACAUUAGAAAUGCAAAAUGAAUAUAUCAUCAAAUCGAAUCGAAUCGAUGCGAGGCGAAAGAGAUACUUCGCUGCAAGGCACUUUUCUCCCAAAAGACCCCGGAUCGUGAGCUGACUCCGGGACAGGAGGUGCUUUCAGAGUCAACGAAUCGUUUAAAAUAAUACUAAAUACACGCAUAUGCAUUACAUUACCUAUAUAGAGAUCAUAUAGCACCUAGAACCGCGCAUGUAUCAAAUCAAAUCAAAAUAUGCUUUAGCAUACCACUCACACACACAUCCACUUCCUUGCUAGCCACAUGUACAUAUAUAUAUAUAUAUUAUAUAUAUAUAGAAAUACAUACUCAUAAUCCUAGUAUCGACGAAUCCAACUUGCUUGAGUUGAACUGCCCUUCCGUAGCCAUAUAUAGUGCAUAUAUAGAGAGACAAAGCAUAGUUGGGUCUGGGUUUUAAUAAUAAUUAGCAACUAGUUUCUAGAGUUGUGUAACGGGAGUAUUUUAAAGUCAUAGCGUAAACGAAUUUUAAGAACGAACCGAAAACAGAAAACCUACAAACCUAAAAACCUUAAACCUAAAAAUCGAAAGCGGACAUUUAAUUUUUAGUGCGUUAUGCCAUAAACGAACUUUUUCAAAAUGCAAAACAUAACUGACAUCUUACUUACGAUAUAUAAAUACUAUAUCUAGAUAUAUACAUAUAGCAUUUAAAAUUACAUAAACAAUAAAGGAACAUUUUA